AAAAGAGCAAUCUCUGUAGAUCAAAAGAAAUAUUCCUAAUAGCUUUACAGUCCUCUAAAGUAUUCCUGCCAUGGAAUUUGUCCACUUCCUUUUUCCGAAAGGCUUCCUUUAGACUAUAAGAGGAGAACAGCCUCAACUCUCUCCUCGAUCUCCACCAAAUUAAUUCUCAUACUUUUUUCGGAUUAUCGACCUCUUCUUCAUCAAUGGCUAGUCGUAGACAGCUGGAAGUUCACACAGGAGACCAUGCUCAACAGAAAUGGUGUGUCUCAUUAGGAGAAGAGGUCUUCAAGAGAUUCCUCACCAAGGGUAGUCCAGCAGAGCAUAAGGUUUUCAAUGAAGGGUCACUUUUCAGUCCACUCUUGUUCGGAAAAUUCUUUGAUCCUUCAGAUGCUUUCCCUUUAUGGGAGUUUGAGUCUGAUAUCUUGUUAUCUAAUCUCCGGAGCUCCGGCCAAAGCACCGUUGAUUGGUCUCAGACAGAUCAGGAGUAUGUACUAAAAGCAGAACUACCAGGAGUUGGGAAUAAUGUUCAAGUGGUUGUUGAAAAAGGGAAGGUUGUGGAAAUUAGUGGGCAAUGGAGGCAGCAGCAAAGAGAUCAGUCCAAGACAAAGGACUGGAGAAGUGGGCAGUGGUGGGAAUAUGGGUAUGUUCGCAGGCUUGAACUGCCAGAAGAUGCAGAUUGGAGGAGAAUGGAGGCAUCUCUGAAUAAUGAUAUACUCCUAGAAAUUAGAAUUCCCAAGAGCCUUUUAGAUGGCGAUACUUCUCAAGGAAAUGAUGUGGCCAGUAAAGAUUCUGUGUAAAUUAGGAUGAGUAAAAGCAAACUCCUGAAACUGCAUGUUUAACAAUCUUUCUAUGCAAUCAAGAUAUAUACAUGACAUAAA